GUGCGGAGGAUUGACUCAACAGGGUAAAAGGCAUCCCCAGUAUCCAAAUAAGGAUACAUGGAUGCUACUAAUGGCCAGAAGCCCCUCGGUGGGCAUCCACCCACUGGAGUAGGCACUGGUGUGGAUAAAAAUAAAGAGUGGCAAAUGGAGCUCCUCAUGGAGAAGCUGAGGUCGAAGUCAUCAGCUCUGAAAAGUCUCGUGGAAACUGCCAAGAAUCUGCGAAUGGCAAUGCUCGACAAGAGAUUUGCCAUCGACAGUAUUGAAAAGGGUCAACUGCAAAAAUGUCUGGAUACACUCCAACAUUCCAUCAAAGUGACCUCCCUCCAGUCGAUGGUGGAGAGAUUGGAGAGUCUCACGAGACAAUUGGGGUUGAAGUUCGCGAUGGUGCCCAAUGGAACUGAAACCGGAUUAUUUAUCUCUUCUGAUAUGUUUUUUCUUGAAGUUCUUCUGGAACCGUCUGGAAUAGUUAAGGAUGUAAAGAUUCAGCAUGAAGGGAAGAACGAACAGCAGAGCUGCGAGGAACUCGUUUCGUGCCUGUCAAGGGGUGAUUUUGUGGACUUCACUGCUCAACUCGAGGGACUUGCGUCUAUCUAUCAGCUCAACGCUGACAAGAAAGUCAAGUGCAAGGCCUUCAGUGCUUUACAAUCGCUCGAAGCGGAUCUCGGAGUUUUAGCCCAACUGCAGACUUUCAUGAAAGAGCCUUUCAAUCUCGUUCACAAGAGCCCAGUUGGUAUCCUAGAGAGGCGAAAAGGAGGUCACGCCAUGAAGCUGACGUACUUCGUCUCCCCCUACGACUUAAUCGAUUUGGAGAGCCGCAAGUGUGAUCAGUUAUCCCCCGAAGUAGUGAUAACCCGUAAGAUCGGUCACUCGGUAACAGUCUGCCUGGAGGGUUCAGCAGCCCACAAGCUGCCAACAACAAGUAUUCUUACAGUGAAUCGUUCAGCCACCGGUAAAAGCACCCCCUCGUACGCCCCCUUAACAGGCUCUAACUCCUCCAUGUUACCGGCGUGUUUCGUUUUGAAGCUCGCUCGAAAAAUGCCAAUGUGCGUUGAGCUGGUGAAUCAGAUUCAAAAAGUCACUGAGUUAGAGUGCGCCGAUCUGUCACCCCCUCAGCCCCUACUGAGCCUCUUGGUCCAGCACUCGAGUGGUGGACAGUUGGAUUGCAGGAACAAUCGUGGAUUAUACGUUACUCUCCCUGAUCAGCAGCACUGCUACUUCAUGACUGAGAACAAGAGCAUGGAGGGUGUUCUGGUGGGUAGUAUUCCCUUUACCCAUCCAGCCCACGUGCCCAGAAUCCUCGGUUAUCUUCGUCAACAGGCCCUCUUCAACACUCUCUUAACUAGCUGUGUUAGACCAAUGGCUCGACAGGAGCUUGAACACACGACGAUGCUUGAAGUAAGUGCCCUGUCCUGGCAGCACGUGUCCAUCAGCCUCGAGCAUCCAUUCGAGGAAACAAUGGCAACAGCUGUAUUAGAUCUCUCUGAUAUAUCAGCAGUCAAGUGUAAACUUUAUGGUGUCAGUGUUGCUGACGACGAGGAGACUUUCGACGUUAUAAGCAAAGUAUUGCAAAGGUGCCUUAAUAUACCAGUGACAAUGAGAGCACUCAUUAAAACCUGGGAGAGUCGUGACUCAAUGCCCAUUAAUAAUAUCAGCGGCAGCGGUACUGGUGGUACGACAAAUGGUAGUAACUAUAAUGUUAAUUUGCAGGGACCACAGAAUGGUCACGAUGGUAAUACACCAAUGGAUUUUACCAAUGGUGAUACCAAUAUCAAAGUUGAGCCCGGAUUGAAUGGCAAUGGUAAUGGUAUGAGACAGCAAAUAAAUCAACAGCAGCAGUCUUUUUUAGAUGCCGGAACGGAGAAUAGUAUCGGGUUUCCGUCGUUUUCCGGCCAAUCCGAUACACAAAAUACUAUGUUAAAUCCAUUGCAAUUGGGUGCGCUGCUACAGGGCAAGAGUUCACCAGUUGGGGGAAUUUCGUCGUCUACACCGACGUCUGAGAGGUCGAAGAAGAAUAGAAAGAGGAAGACUGCUGAUGGGAUUUGGAGGAGUCCAAAGAGCAAGAGUGAUGACUCUGGGGAAAUUUUGCUUGAGAGCUCGAGCUCGGAUUCGACACCCCUGGGUACACCAACCUCUAGGGACAAUGCCAAUGGUACAAGGACACCAACACCUACCUCAGCAGCUGUGAGUUUAGUCACUGGAUUAGAUCUGUCUAAUCUCGCCAGUGAUGCCAGUGAUGUUGGGGACACCAGAAGCUCCACUGAUUAUGAUGUCGAUAAUGAGACUGAGGUGAUGGAGGUGCAUGAUCUGCCUGACGAUUACAAUGAGAUUAUGAAGAAGGAGAGGAAGUCGAGGAAGAAUCGAGAGGACAAGAAGAGCCCCAAUGUCUUCGAUGAGAAGAGCAAUGUGGUGCCCUCGUCACUCAGCAUAACACAGAUAACGAAUAGUGGAGUCACUAUCACACCCACAAGUUAUAAUUCUGUGAUCCCAGGGAUUAGUUUAGAGAGGAGACCUGGAAUUGAAUUAAUUCCAAUUACACCAACAUCUUUAUCAAGCUCAGUUACCAUCACACCGAUCACUCCAGCGACGAUAAAGCCGGUUAAUCCUGAAGACAGAAGAGACAGGAAAAAGACGAGUGAUGAUAAGGGGAGGAUUGAGAAGAGGAGAAAGCGGAAGAAGGAGGACAGCCCCAUGGGACCACCUGAGAAACUUCCUCUGAAGACGCAGGAUCCACUUUCUAAGCCGGUUUCUGUCAGUAUUAAACCAGAGCCUCAGCAGAGUAUCUCAAGGCCCUCGUCACCUGCUACUAUCAAGAGGUUUAAUCCUUCGCCGACUCAUACUAGUCCUCUCGCUUUGGUGGGAAAAUCCUCACCGACUGUUAAGUCAUCAUCCAGUGGGAAUAGUAGCUCUUCCUCAAGUUCCUCGACACCCAGUAAAUCCAUGCCCAGCCCGAAGCACUCGCCAGUUUACAGCAGCCCGAAACACUCGUCUUCAGGUCUAUCCGCCAACGUAAGCCCGAAGCAUGGCACAUCGUCCCCAAAACACGGUAAUUCUGCGAGUUCCGGCAAGCCCAGUAUGUCAGCCUUGAAAUCAGCUGCCAACAACUCGCCCUCACCCUCUGGUAAGAGCAGUGAGCAGAGUUCAUCGAAGCCAAAAUCCUCAAGCAAAGAUCCCUCCAGAGAAAAAGAGAGAAAGACCACAUCCUCAUCCACACUGUCCUUCAGUGGUUCUGGUCAUCAAAGCCCAAAAACCAAAUCCUCCAGCAACAAAACAAAGUCGAUGGAUCUCCUCCCGAGUUCGGAUGGCCCAUCGUCCCUUCCCAGCAGUGGCAGCAGUACCCCACCCUCUGGGGGUUCAGACCUCAGUAAAUCAGCAACUGCCCAACAGCAGCAAGCGAGAAAUCGGAAGGGAUCCCUCAGUGCUGUUAUUGACAAACUGAAAAAUGCUCAACACGUGACUGACGAGGGUAAUGGCAGUGGAAAAUCCAGCGAGUCAGGUUCUAAAGAGCGACCUCCAACAUCCACCAAGAGCAAUGAGGGAAAAAGUGCAGGGAAGAACAGUCCCUCCAUCGACAGCAAAAAUCCUGGUGAGUAUAUGGUGAAACAUAGCUCUGAUGGAAUGAAGAUAACCAUUAACAAAACUAGAGCUAAAGACUCAAAGACUGGUAACAUGAAGAUGUCCUCUGGUGGAGUGAGAGAGCCAGUGUCUUCAGGUUCGUCUUCAUCUGGAAAUGGCUCGCCAAAAACUCACACUGGAUUGAAACCAGGUGUUAACUCUGGUCCUGCCUCGAAGAAACCGCAGUCCCAGUCUUCCCUGAAGAUCCAGCAGGGAAUGAAUGCCUCAAGCAUGUCAAAUAAAAUAGGCUUACCAGGCCAGAAGAUUUCCAGCAUGAAAUCGACAUCAGGCUCUUCCUCGAGUGGCGGUGGAAUUCUGAAUAAGAGUGUAACAAAGUCCUCGGGAUCGCCGAAAAUGUCAAGCUCAGGGGCAACAGAUCUCAGCAGAAGUAGAGAUAAAUCUCGUAUGCCAAAGUCCGGGGAAAAGUCUGGUGGGCUAUUUGGCUCCAAGUCGAUGGACAGAAAAGCCAGUCCCUCAGCCCUCCGUGAGGAGAGCGAGCCCGAAAGGGCUUUCAAACUUCUUGCUGCGCACGCAUCGAUGUCCAGUGUACCUCCUCAGAUGCUCGUGGAGGGUCUGAUCAAGCAAUUGGAUACGAAUUUUCAAAUUCCAAAAUUGUCAGCACGUAAUACAGACUCCAGUGAUAAAAAAUCAACAAGUGAUAAAUUGCCAACACCUGACCACAGUAGUAAUAAACUUCUGGAGAGUCUGCCUACCAGUAAGAUUGACUCUAAGGUUCCAAAUACGAAUAUAUCGGGUUCUAAGACAUUGGAUUUAUUAGAGAGACGUGAAGUGGCACAGAGUAAACCUGACAAUUCAUCGACUGCCAUGCCACUGAUGAAUCUCAAUGCUCUCGAUGCCACUAUUCUCAAAUCAUCGAAUGUACCUGUUACCCACGACUCUGAUGUGCCUACAAAUUUGUCGAUGCAGUCGGAUGUGGAAGCAAGAGACGUCUGCAAGGAUCUGACGAUCAGUCGAAAUUCAACUCCUCAAUUCUUAAAAAGUGUUCCAACGACCAGUGCAAGUGACGAGAAUAUCCUGGGGCAUGGUGACACCCUGACAGAGGCUCUCGUUUCAUCGAAAGCAUCGAAUUUCUCCACAUCAGGCUCUUCAGUAACAUCAGUCACCUCUGAGAGUCUCAAUUUAUCCACUAAACCAGCGGACGCUGCCUUGAGUAAAUAUAAAUCAGAGGACCGUAAAGCCAUCGAUAAAUCAGCAUCAGUCCUGCCACUGUCAUCAAGUACUUCAUCGUCCAUUGAUGCUCCUGUUAAAUCAACUACGCCAGUACCAAGUGCUGAGACCAAUGACAUGCUACUGGAUUUUUCAACCCCCAAGGACGUACCCAAGGUCGCUUUGUCCAGUAUCCCUGAGAGAGCUAUGAGUCUUCAAGCUCCUGCUCGAAGAAAUACACCACCACCACCUCCACCUCCACCUCCACCACCACCGGCUUUCCCAUCAAGUCCAUCAGUCUCUGUGCAUAUUCUGAAGAGUCCCGUUCCCUCACCCAGAGUCAUUCCUCCGUCUCCGCAUUCUGCAGCCUCACCCUGCAUCACUGAUGAUGAACUUAUGGAUGAAGCACUGGUGGGAUUAGGUAAAUGAAGAUUACUGAAUGCACUGCGUUUUUCGCAGGCAAUCGUGUGUCAUUAUCUCGGAAAAAGGAAUUUUUUCUUCGAAGAGAUAUACUAGGGCUGUUUCGAGAAAUAGAUGGGAUACUUUUCAGUGCCAAUAACUACGAUUUUGAGAGGAAAUUGAAUUUUAUUAAUUACAAAAAAAUACAUCGAUAGUUUUGUCACACUCUGAAUUGUCAACUAGGAAAUUCAUAAGGAUGAAUUGAAUUUUUUAAUGAAUGGUUCCACUUUCCUUUCAUCGCACUCUGAUAUCUUUGUAGUUUUUUAUUCUGUCCAUAAAAACCAUGACACGAUUAUCAUUUGAAAAGUAUCUCUCUCAUAAAAUGAUUGAUGUCCUCAAAUUAUUGAUUUAACGGCUCCAUGUUCUGAGAGCGAUCAAGUGUAAAUUAUUAUUUGAAUACUUUAAUGAUUAUUAUAUUUCCGACACUGACCAGCCCAUGUUUGAUUAGAAAGCUCCAAUAAAUUAAUCAACGACAAUAGAUUGUAGAUAUUAAAUGGUUCAAGUGGUCGUGUGCUUCCUUCCGACAAUAAUACAAAGAUUUUCUCUCCCCACCCAUGGGUAUGGUCAUUACCAAUAAUUAUUUUAUUUUUAAUUGUUUAUAGAAGAUUCAGUAGAAGCCAUGGAGUCGGCAAUUAGUCGAGUCCUGUUAUUUUAAUGACAAACUCGUGUUUAUAAGGACUGAAGAGGUCGUUGGAAUAAAUUAUUUAGAUAGGAAUGGAAAAAUUGUAGAAUAAUUGAAUCGAAAGGGAUGAGAUUGAGAGCUUGAAAUGCCGGAAAUGUGGUUCACUAUGAGAGUUCAAAGAUUUUCAAAUGAAUUAUGUGCUGCCCAGUCGACAAAAUUUCCAAAUGAAAUGACGAUGAGGACGAGAGAUUUCAUCAAUCUGUAAAAAAUAUAGUGUCUACAUACGCAGAUACGAUAGUAUAUGUAAUAAAGUAUAAUAAAAGGGUAAAAUAAUUUGUAUAAAAAACAAUCAA